CUCCUGGUUCGUAUGGUUAUGGCUGCCGUCAGGUGUGUGACUGUCUAAAUAACUCCACAUGUGAUCACAUGACUGGUACAUGUUACUGCAGCCCAGGCUGGAAGGGAGCUCGCUGUGACCAAGCUGGUGUAGUGGUGGGCAGCCUCAACAGUUUGACCAGUGCAGCCAUGCACGUGGACACCUACCAGAUCGGAGCCAUCGCAGGAAUCAUUGUCCUGGUGCUACUGGUGCUUUUCCUCCUCCUCCUUUUCAUCAUCUACAGGAAGAAGCAAAAUGGAAAAGAGCCUACCAUGCCAGCUGUGACCUACACUCCUGCUAUGAGGGUCACUGCUGAUUACACCAUUGCAGAUGCUCACCCACCAGCAUGCGAGGCCCACCCCAGCAGCUAUUUUACCAACCCCAGCUACCAUACUCUGACUCAGUGCACCAGCUCUCCACACAUUAACAAUGGUCCAUUUGGAAAGGCCAAGAGCAGCCAGCUGUUUGUGAAGUUGAAGAAUGUAGAUCAGAGAAAAAGGGCUCCCCUAGCUGAGCACAACAGCACACUGCCUGCAGACUGGAAACAAGAAGACUGCUUCAAUGAACUGGGAGCCUACGGAGUUGACAGGACAUACAUGGGGAAAUCUUUACGAGAUCUGAAGGGCACACACUAUCAUGCCAGCUCCUGCUCCCUCAACAGCUCUGAAAACCCAUAUGCUACAAUAAAGGACCCUCCCACGCUGACAGCCAAAAACACGGAGUGUGGUUACGUAGAAAUGAAGUCACCGGCCAGACGGGAUUCACCAUACGCUGAGAUCAGCAACAACAGCCCCACCAACAACCGCAAUGUCUAUGAAGUUGAGUCUGUAAGUACCAUCCAGCUGACUGGAGACAGCAAUGGCGACAUACAGUUUGGUCAAGAUCCAUACGAUCUACCAAAAAACAGUCACAUCCCCUGUCACUACGACCUCCUGCCAGCCAGAGAGAGUCCAUCCCCAGAGCACAAGGAGCUGGACAGUAAAUGAUGCCACAGAGACUCAGUACAGAGACCAGGUCUCACCUAAAGUCUGCAGCUUCGGCACUAGCUGUUCCACUUUAUACCCACAACAUGCUUUCACUUGUUUUCUUGCUGUUAUACUUUGACACUAUCGUUGUAAUUAUGUAUCAUGGCUUCAUUCUGAACAAAGUGGGUAUUUAAAGUUCUGAGGUUAGUUUUGAGGUAUAGCUGUUAUUUUUUACAGCCAUUUGUGUACUGCGAUGAAGUCUUCGUAGGUCAUUCCACAUGCCUGGGGGGUACAGUCUGUAAGUAUACUUUGAACGAAGCUGUUCAUAUGAAGUGUGACCACUGCUCACGGCAAAACCUACCUGUUCCAAAUGAGCACACAUAAAGGCAGACUAAAAAAGCCUGCUGCCACAGCCUCCUUCUGACUGCCUCACCGAUCUAUCUCCAAGAACUCAGUGUCUUUUGAGUGUCUUGUAGUCUCAAUGCGACAUAUCAUACAAAUGGCGAUACCACAUUCAAAUGGCGGCGAAGCAUUUGUGGUGUUACACCCUUAAAAAGUGACCUUUAUAUACCUCUGCACACCUGGUUACACCUUCCUUCUUAAAAUAGGGCGUGAUUGUUGAAUUAUUCCACAAGGUGGUUUCAGAUAUGUUUCAAGUAUACUGAAGCCUAUAUUGUUUGCAUAUAACAUUCAAUACCAAUCAAAUCUCUAUUUUUGUAACAACAGUAUUAGCAAUUAUAUUAGCAAUAUUAGCAAUUAUAUCAAAAUAUUGGAUGUAUGUUAAUGGGUUUUUUUCAUGAAGAAGAAUAGUUGUCAAGCUGCUGACAAUGUUUUUUAAGUUGGAAUAGUCAAUGUUGGAUUAGCUAACCAAAGGUACAAGUUCUAUUUAAAUGCUAUUUUAAUCAGCGUAGUUCAAAGCUCUCUAAUUGUUUCAUCCAAGAGAUUCCGAGCUGAGCCUCUUCUCAUUGUAACAGUACUUGAUUUUAAGUAAUUUUCCACUAAUUACAGAUUCUUGUAGUUAAUCAACACACCAUACAGGAUAAUAUAGUAGAUAGAAGACAGUUAUUUCAUUUAAUCUUAAACAAAACAAAAACAAUAAUUCAUGGAUACUAUAAUUUAUGAAUAUCAUAUUAGUCGUACAUAAUGCUCAGUGACCAUUAUCACCACUCAGUCCAUAUUACACAUAUUAAUUAUUUGUCCUGUUGAUUGACUUAUCCGUCUUGCUAAGCCAUUGCAGUUCAUUUAAAAUAACCAUCAACGGUGUGGGUAGUAUUACAUCAGGACAGCGGAACCAAGGCUGGAUUUGAAUCUGAGCAACUCUCCUUAGGCCUCACGUUCAGUGAGAUCCUUACCCCCUUUCCACCUUGCAUUAAAAUGUCUCGUAUCCAGAUUGUACCUAGAUAUGAUGUGAUCUGAUUACAUUUACACCUGGUAUUAAUGUGUCUCCAGUGUCCGCAUUGAGAUCCCAAUCUGUCCAUCUCAAACAACCGAACGUCACAUCCUCCGAUCACUCGCAUUGCAGUCACGACCAGUUGUAGCUAUUCUCCAUUUGCUUAGCCAUUGCUUCAUACAUGGCUUGAUUGUGAUAUGAAUUGGCAAGUUUUGCUUUUAUUCUUUCGUUGGACCAAAUUGAAAGCAGACACUUGGUCUCAUCUUGACUCAAUCCAAAAAUGUCUUGAAUAUCCAUUUUGACAAGUAGUAGUUCAGCUCGCCAACUGGCCAGUGGCUGCAAUUAAGUCACGUGCAAUUAAGUUUUUCUAUUCACAUUUUUGUAUGUGGAUUGAAAACACAAUUGCAUUUACACUUGUGGUCACAAUGCGUCCCUGACCACCACCAAUGGUGGUUUGGCCGAUCAGAUCACGAUCUGUCCUCAAUAUGUUUUGGGUGCCUUUAAACCUGUACUUUUAUGAGGUCAAGCACUAUCCAAACAGAAUCUAAUCACUCAAAAAGCAUUUUAAUUCAAGGUGUAAGGGGGUCCUUGUGUUAACAUGUGAUCGGUGUUUGGAUAUCUUAUCUGUAUCAGGUCAAAUAUAUUGAUGCAGGUGAAAUUGCAAGCACAUCGCAAUCUGAUUGGUUUUGAAUUGGCCAGGCCACACCUGGAGGUCAUCUGACUUACACAUUGAUCAAAUCUCCUGCACCAGCUGUAGGAGACUUUUGGGGGACCACUAUAAUGAGCAAUGUGUGAAUCCUGUGACCAACUUUCUUCCAGUAUAAGUAAUGUUAGCCUAGUUAAAAAAAGCCUGCAGUAGCCUUCAUCUGUCUCUCUCUGUCCCGUUAUCCUUGCCUUGCAUGUAGCUGUCCUGCAUAGAGUAUUCAUCAUUGCUUCAAUCAAGGGUGCCUACCUAAUUUGGAUUUCAACAUCCAAUCACAAUGUUGGCCGAAUCGAGAUAGAAUCAAAAUAACAAAAACAUCCAUAAGAGUCCCAAAUGUUCAAGCACGGUAUUUACAGCAUCUACUUUAAGAAUUUUCUCAAAAUAAAUGCUUCAAAUUGGUAUUUGUAAAAUGUGUCUGACAGAAUAUAGGCUACGGUCUCUGCCACUGACUGAAUUGGUUAUUUGUGCCACAUAUACUGUAAAAUGCUCAUCACAAUUUCCUAUAUUCUGUUAUUUAUCCCGUUUAAUUUGAUAAUAUUGAAAAUAAUGCAUUACGUUUUGUUUGUUGGCUCAUUGUGUUGAUGUACUGAAUAAUCUUAUUUUAUGCAUGAAUGGAGUGUUAUUACCUAGCCACUAGAUUUCGCUAGAUGGCAGCAAAUGUAGGAUUACAACCAAUGAGUUGAUCAGCCCAGUAUUGUUCAGGAAGCAUUUGAAGCCCUUUCCCACUGCAGGGACCCAUAACCCGGGCUCUGUAUUGACUAACCUGAACGUUUAAGAACCUUGUGAGCUUUGGUACACAGUUGUUCCUUUUGUCUCCACUGCAUUUUACAAACUGCAAUGUUUUGGUUAGAAAGCAUCAAAAAUGCAAAAGAGAGACCCACUUCAUCAUUAUUGUGUGACAGCUUGGACAGCUUCAAUAUCGACUUUCUCUCUUGUUUAUAUGAAGAUGAAGAAUCCAUGGCACUGCUAGGGCCCACACAAGCUGGUCCAAAAUAGGGUCCAGUGCAUUGAAGUACUUUGUCUUUUUUUGUUUGCUCCCCUGUGCACAUUUGAUCCUGUUUUAUUAUUUAGAUGUUUCCCUGCACUGUUUGGCUGUGUAUGUCUGGACAUCAUUUUGUUUUCAACUGCUGACUCUUUCUCCUUCUAAAUUCCCCCCUUUUGCCAAAUACUAUUGAGGGCCUGGGCCUGUUGGUUUGGUACUUUUUUUUUGGUUGUCCAACUCCAUACAGUAAAACCAUGGUGGUUAUGACACAUGGGCUUGAUAACACCUGGAAGUUCCUGAACCUUGCAUUUAGUGUCCUCUCCUGAGCAAUGCCUACAUUUAGUUCCACAACCAACCAACAAAACCUUUGACAGUGGCUACACUUAAAGUAGCGUUACUUUAUGUUUUUUGUGUUAACACAUGUUAACUAUCUUACAUCACUGACUGAAAGUACCUGGAACUUUGUAUCACCUGAGCAGAGCCCAAAUUUACUUCCAAGGACUAGUCCCCAAAUCAUUCCAUCUUCAUCUUGUCUCAUCGUACCACUUCAGUAAACAUCUUCAUACCACCAAAUGAACCCAGUCAACUGAACAAUAAGACUAAACACAGUUGCUGAUCUCAAUUACUGUGUAAUUUAAAGGGCUUAUGAAACGCUCUAAUGAAAUGCAAGCUUAAGCUGGACUUUGGCUUUUUGAAAGGAUAAUAGCAACAGGACCAGUUAUUUUUAUUAAUCUAUAAUGAGCAUUGACAUCUAUUGCAGGAAAUGGUUUCUUUUGAAUGAUUGUUUCUUUCUCUGUGUUUCCUAUAUUUUGAAUUGCCUAAAUAGCAAACAGUCUUAAGCUGUUCUGAGUUGAUUUGAAAUGUUUGUAAUAUAUUGUACAUAGUUUGAUCAGUUCUGUAAAAAUAUUCACAUCACCCAGCGAUGUCCGAAAUAAAAACUGGAACAAAUGUGGCUUUUGGUUUAGCACUGACUCUUAUCCUCUACAGAUACUGCAUUUCUUUUGAAAUACUUCCUUGUGUGGAGAUUAUUGUGUAUUAAAAUCACCACUAAAGUGAUUGCUCUGAAAGGAAUGCUUGAGAUUUACCCAAGAUUAACAAAUACAUCAAAUUGAUUUGUUUCUCUUUAAUCGUCAAACUCUAGAAGAAGAAUCAUUUACACACAAGCUGCCAAUGCACACUUGUUCCCCAACAAGGUGACAAGGAUUUAGCCACAACCACAAUGGAUUCUGUUUUGUUAUGUUUUUGGGGAUUUUUAUUUUUCAUUAUAGUGCUAUUUGUGCAAAUGCUUUAGAAUAAAUUGACAUAAUAUGAUGAAAUUA